GUUAACGUUAUACGAUUGUACUUGUUAAGUGUGUCAAAUCGAGUUAGAAAUACUACAUGUUCACUUGGGAUCUUUACCCCUGGUAAAACACUAGGGCCAAACCCAGGAAAUACGUGAGGAAAGUAGUCAAGUGGUCAAGUGCAAAGACCGCAAGUGGGGUAUUUGGACGCAGACUGAAUCGUUAUAACGCGCUCACGCUGUGUGUGUAACUUGUCAAUGAUGACCUGAACUGUGCGCGCUCGCGAUGACAGCGGGAAACAUUAGUGGCGCGUGACCCGCGACAUUGACUAGUCACAGACACACAGCCUACACUAGUGGACUCACAAUCUUCUCGUCUCUCCACUUAAAAUAACAACUGGAAAAAAAUCAAAACCAGCACCCAAGCACCAACAAUGAUUCAUCUUUUACCAAUGCAAAGAAUUUUAAAGAACAGACACAAUAUCGUGUUUAUAGAACACACGGAUCAUGGCCUGCAUGUGUGUGUUUCAAAAGCAAAAGCUCUACACCACUCAUGAAGAAAUUGAAGUGGGCUGCUCAUAGUCUGUACCAUCUAUCUUGAGUUUAAGUCCCUGCAUUAAAAACGCAUUGAUUUCUCAUACAACUGCGAGUGGGUGUGUUCUGUGGGGUGGGGAUCUGGCCCCUUCUGCCAAGCAGCUGUGCCUCGCUGCUGAUAGAAUUAUUUAGGUAUGAAAGAAGGGGAUCACAAAAAGGAAAGAAUAAAUGCAUAAUAAUAUGAAGUGAUGAUAGGUAAAAGCAAGACAUCUGAUACCACACGCAAUCAAAAAGAAAGAAGGUAAAGAGAAUCACUUUCCUCAGUCAGCUCUAUUUCAUUGUUUUUGUGCCAAAGAUAGUAUGUGGUUCACACACACGUAUGCUAGAGAUGCUAAACUCAUAUUAGAAAUGUCGCUGUCUAGAGGGAUUCCCAUCAAUUUCGCCCUCUAUCGCUUUCUCACUCGCUCUCUCUCCCUGUCAACAGUCAUUUACACGCACAUAUAUUCUGUCUAAAUCUUUCAUAUAGACCACUUUUGCACCGACGUCACGUCAUAAGCUGGAGGCAAAACAAAGGGAAAACUGGAGGCGGCCAAUACAAACCAGCACCUAUUCGGCAUCAUAAGGAGUUUAAAAUAUCAUCUUGUUGUGUUGUUUAGUGCCACAAUCGACAGAAUACAGUCUGCAAUUUAAUAUUUUUUCACAUAUCUGCUGCCAUUGCCAAACUGCGAGAGCUGUAGUUAAACACAAUAAAACGAUCAGACUAAUCAGAACGAUCACCAAAAAUGCUCGCGUUUCACUUCAUAACACUUUAAAUAAAAAAACUACUGUCUUUUGUUGGUGUUAUGAUUUGGGUAUGUGUCAAUCUCAUGUACGCCCAAAUCAGAAACUGGGGUACAAACUAUUUUUCACGUAGCAUUAACUUUUGAACGCAUAGUGUAUGAUGUAAUCAAUGUAAUCCGAUUUAAAGUCCAAUCCGAAUAAAAACGCUCCAUACAGUAUGAAGAUUUCAAUCAGAUAAAAAAUGCCCAAGCCAAUUGAAAUUUCAGUCGGAUUGUAAGGAGUGGGUUAUGCCGUUUGUAAUCCACUUGAUAGGACAUGUAAACACUUGAUCAGAUUAAAAACUGAGGUAGGAAGUUGUGCGCAUGUGCAAAGAUGACUGGGUCAUACAAAUUUAAGGUCCUACGACGCACGGAACGGAGCAGCUGUUGCCAAAGAAACCAAAAUCCUUAAAUCUGACAAAGCGGAACAAAUAUAUAUAUGCUUGUCGUCUCUAAAUGAACAUAUUCAUGUUUCUAUGCAUUUAAAAUGUCUUUACUGUUUCCCAGGAUAGGCUACCGAACAUUCAUUUUAUUUAUUGUUUACUUACAUGUGCUUUGGAAGGAUUAACUGUUUUUACCAUGACUUGUCAAGAAAUCGUUUCUGUGAAAUCCCUCCAGAAGUUUGUAUGUUCGCACCACUGGAGUCAUUACACCUUUAUCACAACUGUAUAAAGGGCAUUCCAGAGGGCAUUAUUAACCUACAUAUGCUCACCUACCUAAACAUAAGUCGAAAUCAGUUGUCUGUUCUACCAAAGUAUCUCUUCAAUCUUCCCUUGAAAGUGCUGGUGGUCAGUAACAACAAACUCCUGUCUGUUCCUGAGGAGAUCGGCAAGGCCAAAGACCUUAUGGAACUGGACAUUAGCUGUAAUGAGAUCCAAGUGCUUCCAGCUCAGAUAGGGAAACUUAACGGUUUACGAGAACUCAACAUACGGAGGAACUGCCUUCAAGUGCUACCAGAUGAGUUGUCUGAUCUGCCAUUGAUCAGGUUGGAUUUCUCUUGUAAUAAAAUCACUGAAAUCCCUCUGUCUUACUGCAAACUCAAACAGUUACAGCACAUCAUUCUUGACAACAAUCCCAUGCAAUCUCCACCAGCACAGAUCUGUCUAAAAGGAAAGAUUCACAUCUUUAAGUAUUUAAACCUGCAGGCGUGUCGCCCUGAUAAGAAACCAGACACACUUGACCUGCCCUCACUGGGAAAACGUUGUUUACCUCAGCAGCUGACAGACAGUAUGGAAGAUUUCUAUCCCAGCAAAAAUCACGGUCCUGACUCCGGUAUUGGCAGCGACAAUGGUGACAAAAGGCUUUCGACUACAGAGCCAUCUGAUGAUGAUACUGUUAGUCUGCACUCUCAGGUGUCUGAGACAGCGCGGCUAGACGCACACAUUCUUCUCACAAAGCUGGACACAAACAAAGACCUGGAUCCAUACGACUUUAUUGACCCAAAUCCAGAAGAAGAGGCUCUGUCUGAGGGAGAUACCCAGAGCAGUACACCCUAUGUGUCAUGUAUAAAGGAGCUUGAAAGAGUUCUCAAAACACACCAAAGCAAAGACAAAGAAAACUUGAAAGAGGAGUCUGGCUCAGAGAAGGAGCAGCUAGCUGAGGAAGAUGAGGAUGACCUGAAGGAGGUGUUGGACCUGAGGAAGAUCGCAGUUCAGCUGCUACAGCAGGAGCAGCAGAACAGGAGGCGGUCCUUAAUAUGUAGGGCUGAGAGUCUAAUACACCGUAGAAGAGCAGCGGGGAGAGCUCACAGAUUUCUCAGCCACUCGGGAAGCAGCACAAAAUCAAGAUCUCCAUCUCAGACUGUUAGAAGUGCAUCUCUAGAUGAGGGAAGCAGCUCAGCGUCUGCUCUCAGUGGACAGCCCUCUACCUCUUGCUCAUUUGAUGGGAGUUUAAAAUCGGAAAGCAGCGACCCUGAACCAAGAUGGCCGGAGAUUCCUCCUGUGCUCAACCAGAAUGAGGACCGCAGAAGAAACAAAUACUUGAGGAAGGACUACCUGAAGUAUAAGUGCCAAAGCGCUCGUAGAAACUCCAGUGGACACGACAAUGAUUGUGAGGACGGAAUGCUUUCUAAUGAUUUCACUACCACACUCACUGUCUUUGGCCUGAAACCUAGAACAGCCUACUCACGUGGAAAUCGACAAGACUUCAGCUCAACAGACCCUAGCUUCACUAUGAGGAGAAAGAUGGAGCACAUCAAAGAAGAGAUGGAGCAGAUCCGACACCUGCGGCAGAACCUUGAGUCCAGGUUAAAGGUUUUGCUGCCAGAUGAUGUGGGUGCUGCUUUAAUGGAUGGUGUUGUUUUAUGCCAUCUGGCCAAUCACAUUCGUCCUCGUUCUGUUGCCAGCAUUCACGUGCCCUCCCCUGCAGUGCCAAAGCUGAGUAUGGCCAAGUGUCGGCGGAAUGUUGAGAAUUUCCUGGAUGCGUGCAAAAAGCUUGGAGUACCACAGGACAAAUUGUGCUUGCCCCAUCACAUCUUGGAGGAGCGAGGUCUGGUCAAGGUUGGCGUCACUGUACAGGCAUUGCUGGAUCUUCCAUCAUCAAAACCCAACCAGCUAUCUACCAUGUAGCAUUACUGUACCAUGGGACGACUUCUAGCAUCCCUUUACCCUCAUCCUCCCUCUACCCCCAGAUAACCUCUCAAUGCUGAUCUGCGACCACCCCAGUCAUGACCCUUCACCUUUACUCAGCUAUGGUGAACAGGUCAGCUUCCCCCCUACCUCUUAUAACCCCCUAUGGAGGGGUCUAGCAUUUUUAAGCUUAUUCAAAUAUCACACCCUGUCGGAGGAAAUUGUAAGUUUAUCCACACAUUACAUUUAGAGAGGAUGCAGAUGAAAGACCAAAAAGAAACUGCCCUACAGACAACAGGUUACAAUAAUACAGCUCUAGACUGAACGUGGAUAUCUGGAUGCAAGCAAAAUAUCUGCUGCUGUUCUGUGACUGACUGUGUUGCCUCUCGAAAUCUCUUUUGUACAGUAUCUCGAUCACAUUCUUCUUCUCUUGCACUGGUGAGCCCAGAGGGCGAGGGCAGGAGAAAAGCAGGCAGCUUUCUGGCUGAUUAUGGACUACAGGAAGGGUGUUGCAUAAAAUCAUCCGACCAAUUCUCCAGCAUGAAGUCACAAAGAGCUGUCAAUCAACUCCACCCAUUCCCAUGUAACACUUCAUCACCUUGUCAUAUUGUGGGUAAAACUAAAGGUAUAGACACGCUGUAAUGUGCAUGUAAUCAUAUGCCGACAUAAAUGAAAAAACGUCUGUCCUGAUGUGUCAGAAACACUCUUCUGUGCCUACAACUGGUAAGGUGACUUAUAAUUUUGUGGCAACAGCAGGUGUUCAUUACUGUCUGCAGGUCUGAGCAGAUGUGUUGGAACAAAGUAAAUUCGCAAGCCCAUACAAGACAAAGGCUCAUCUGUGUGUUAGUUCACAUAGGUGCCAGCGUUCAAUUUAGUGUUUCGUGUGGGAGUUUUCAAUAUUUCCAGUUUCAGUAACAGAUUAUCAGCGUGUACUUGCCUUAUCAAGUGUUUUUGCUCUUGUGCUCUUAUAGACCACUUCGCAAGGUGUAAACACUGGCCCAGAAGCAUCUCCAGUUUCAUUUUAAUUUAUUAGGGCCCAUGCCACUAGGGGCACACUCCUGAUGUCAUAGUGUAACCCCUUCAUUGCUGUAACCCUUAAAACUAGACUGCCAGAGUGUUACUAUAAAUACAUAUGCCUGCUGUGCACCGUUGUCCUGAUGCCACGCGGGUGGCAGUGGCGCUGAAGACUUGGGCCUGUCAUCACUUGUUUGCGGCUAUAUUUUUAUUUAUUAAAUCUUACAAAUUUAAUUCAAUCUUAAAUAUAUUCUUGAACAUUUUAAUUCGGUUAUAAAUGUUCUGAUGGUUGUAUUUUAUUCUAUUGUUUGUAAAGGGUUAAAAAAAAAAAAAAGUUCUUCAGGACCAGCUUUGGAAAAGUGUUUGCCGUCCCAAGUGGUCUAUACUGUAGGUGUGACAGAAAAUUGUUAUUGAUGGAAAAUUCACUUUUAUUCCCUGAUGGCCAGCUUCGGCGCUAAAAACAGGACAAUUAGAAAUCCUUGUUAAACACUUUGCACUUUAUUUUUCAGUUAAACACCUUUAAAACCCCACAGACUCAUUUUUCAAAUGUAAUUGGUUUGUAAUCAGUUUUGUUUGACACUGUGAAAGAUCUGUUACAAGAGCAACAACUAAUCAUUUCAAUUAGUUUCAUCUGGAAAAUGUAUUUAUUUAUUUACUUUAAAAUUAUGUUUUGUUUGUUUUUAUUUAUGAGUUUAAAUCCGUUUUAUGAGCCUCAGACAUGACAGUGACUAUAGUGUUCAAGCAUGAAGUCUGGAGGAACCAUCAUAUCAGGUUUUAGCUGUUUAGCAGUCCACUUUUUAAGGUCGCUGAUAAACGAUACACAGUGUUGUCCUACUUUUAUAAUCGUCUUUCCCAGAGCCUUACCUAUACUGUCAUUAGUCGUACCCACAUAUUUUAAAUGAGUUCUUUCAGGUUGAUUUACAUGUUUGUCUACAUUGAAGUGGUGUUUUGGUUGCACUUUAUAGUACAGUACGUGUACCUAUAGUGUACGUGCAGUGUAAUUACCUAAGAUGGCACUGGGUAGUAUAACGCAACUACAUGGUAUAAGUUUAGGUUUAGGGGUAGGUUCAGAGUUAGUACCUAGUUAUUACCCGGUUAUUAUAUUUAGUGUAAUGAGUUCACAGAAUGCACAUGGGAAACAGGACUGUAAAAUAAAGUGCUAUCGCUGUUUUGGUAUGCUAACCGUUUAGAAACAAUUCUAGGUGUUGCGUUAUUUAUGCACACAGUAUUUUAGUGCAUAAACAUGAGUCUUAAUUACUAAAGUAACCACCCACAAUCAAGUUUAAACAGGCACUACAUGCGCUAAUGGCUGCUGUGCUAUAAUCAUUUAAAGUAAUUUGCCUUCCUUUUUGAUGUUAACUUUUUAUUUGAGCUUACAAUAUUAUUCACCAUCAUAAAUCUUAGUACUGUUUCCCUAUCGAAUUUAAUGUCCCGUGUGUAAUUGUUUGAAAAUGGCACACUUAAGCUGUAAGUGUUAGCGUCACCUAAAGAUGCACAGAUACUAAAUUUCUCCACCGAUAACUGAUUAUUCAGAGCAAUACAUGCUGACACCGAUAGUUUGGUGUUUAUAUUAGCUCUAACUAAAUUUUUUUAGGGUUAAAUUAAUAUUUCUCAACUUUCUGAAUGUUGUCAAUUCAUAAAAUGACUAGUAAUAUUGAACAUCAGAAUGUUUAACUAUAUACAGAGCACAUUUUCUCUCGACUUAUCCAUUCGUUACAUUUUCUUGUCCUCUUUUGACUGACAUGAUAUAUCAGCCCUGAUCAUCCGAUCAUCAGUCAAUAGCCGACAGUGUGAACAAUUGCUUCUAUCAACCAAUAACGUUUAUUGGCUUAUAUAUCGGUGCAUUUCUAGUUACACUUUAUUUUAUGAUCCCCUUGUCACACAAUACAUGCAUUUACUGUAGUAUUUACUGUACACUGCAUGUAAAAUGCACAAUUACAUGUAAUUAAAAAACCUAAGCCUAUCGUUGUAAAUUUUUUAGAAUCAUUAUUACACUGUAAAACAGGCACCUUAAAAUAAAGUGUAACCGGGAAAUCAAGUUAUUAAUAAGAACGUUAUAAUGGGGCAAGUGGACUUGAGUCAUUUUAAAGAGCUGAUUUGGGUGUCAGAUUUGCAGGGAUGGAGUGAUGUAGCGAUAGGUGUAAUGCAGACCUCCCCUGAAAGCUUCACAAAUGCUCUCAGAAACAAGUAUUUAUAUUAUUUAUAUCCUGUUUUGCUUGAAGAACAGCAGACUUAUCUUUUUGCGCUUGUGCACUUAAAUCUUCAUUGAUUUCUUCGACCUAGAAAGUCCCUUCUUUUCUUUGGAAAUGUUUUUUUUAAGAAUCUAAGGUUUUUAUAAGUAAUUGCCUGUCAGACUUCACAUAGCAGAGAAAACCUUGAUAUGAUGAAAACAGUUCCUCAGGCGGAUUGCUUCCAACUCAUCCAAGAAUGCAGAAGAUACAUUUCAUAUCAAAAUGAACAAAGACAUUAAUAAUAGUUAUCUUUUAGUUUCACUCUCCAUCAAAUUCAUAAUGUAAGACAUGUGUAUAAUGCAAAGUACACAAUUGUACAGUAAUACAGCAUACUAAGGUGAUUUGAAGUUAUUUCUAUAUCUCUGAUAGCUUUCCGAAUAGCCAUACAUUUUCACCUAUGCUUUAUACUGCCAUUUUGGACGGUAGCACUCACAAGACUGUCACAUGCCAAAAUGACACAUAAAACCAUGAGUAAACAUUUCACAAAAAAAAAACAUUUUUGACCUAAAAUACUACAAAACGUAUAAACUGCAUCCUGUGUCCUAUGUUUUGUACUAAUAUAGGGCAUUAAGCAGUAUGUUACCCCGUGAUUUGCAUUAGAUGUAAUCAUAUCAGUGACAUAUGACAUGAAAUAAACUGCGAUGAGUCAGAAGCUUCAUGACAGAUGAGAAUGUUAUUUUGAUCUCUCCCUAUUUAAUCCCUUUCUGAAAAGACUUUGGAAUAUCAAAGCUCAUCUGCUCUGCAUCACAUUCCUGUGAUGAGAAAUAUUCAUUGUUCAAUAAAGCAAAGUGUGGAUUCAAAUGUAAUGAAUAGGCAGGAGUCCCCUACAAUGCAGUGUGUGCAUAAAGAUGUUUUGUAUGACACGACUGGAUUGCAUGUCUGGACCACCACCAAUCUUGUACUGUACAUAAUCUCUGUAUAAAUGCAUUCGGAUGUUUCUUAAAAAGAUAAACAAAUAAAACAUUUCAAAGGUCGAAGUAAGGGAAGUAAGUU